AUGGCUUCCCCUCUGAAGCUGGAACAGGACGUGCAGGGGAAAGUGGAUUCAUUUCGCGCCCGCAUCGCGCAGGAGGCCGAGGAUCUGGUGUCCACCUUCUUCCCUCAGAAGCUGUCAGAGCUGGAUAGUCGGGUCCAGGAGCUCCGCCUGCAAGACCUGUCCAGAAUCCGUUCGGUGGCCGCCCUGGAGCCCCGCGCCGUGCCCGACACCGCGGGGGACGGGCCCAACCGGGACCUGCCGCCUCUGCAGGCCCAGUCCGCGGUCAAAGUGCCGGCACUGCCAGGGGGCGAGGGACAGCUGCUGCGGAGCAACCAGCAUCUGGUGGAGCUGAUUGAGCGGGUAAAACCCGAGAUCGAGCUGCUGAGAGAGAAAUGCAACACGGUGCGGAUGUGGGUGCAGCUGCUCAUCCCGAAGGUGGAGGACGGCAACAACUUCGGAGUGUCUAUCCAGGAGGACACCGUGGACCAGCUGUGGACCGUGGAGAGCACCGCAGCCUCCUAUCUGCGCCGCUUCUCCACCUACUACAACACCAGGGCCAAGCUGGUGUCUAAGAUAGUGAAGUACCCCCAGGUGGAAGAUUAUCGCCGCACGGUAGCCGAGGUAGACGAAAACGAGUAUCUGAGUGUGCGCCAGAUCCUGCUGCACGUUCGGAACCAGUAUGCCACCUUGCACGACGUAAUCCUCAAGAACAUCGAGAAGAUCAAAACCCCUCGGAGCACCAACACUGACAACCUCUACUGA